UAGUAUAUUUACAACAGAACGUUUUAUUUAUUUUCGAUUUUCUUUCUUGAAACCCUAGGUUCACACUUCCCUUUUUUGGUUACCUUUGUUCUUCGUUUUUCUCGUAUAUAUAAAUUCGCUUCUUUUCUCCAACCCGCUCCGUCGCACGUCCUUACUUUUACGAAUCACCCUCUCUUUGAACUUUUUUCCCAACAGAGCCAUGUCGGACGAGGAGCACCACUUCGAGUCCAAGGCCGACGCCGGAGCUUCCAAGACUUAUCCCCAGCAGGCUGGAACCAUCCGCAAAAAUGGAUACAUUGUCAUCAAGGGCAGACCUUGCAAGGUUGUUGAGGUUUCAACCUCAAAGACUGGAAAGCACGGACAUGCUAAAUGUCACUUUGUUGGCAUUGACAUUUUCACUGCUAAAAAGCUUGAAGAUAUCGUCCCCUCUUCACACAAUUGUGAUGUUCCACAUGUCAGUCGUACUGACUACCAGCUCAUUGAUAUCUCCGAGGAUGGAUUUAUUAGCCUGCUGACAGACAGUGGUAGCACCAAGGAUGACCUUAGGCUUCCAACCGAUGAUAAUCUGCUGUCCCAGAUCAAGGAUGGAUUUGCCGAGGGGAAGGAUCUGAUUGUGACUGUCAUGUCUUCAAUGGGAGAGGAGCAAAUCUGCGCUCUCAAGGACAUAGGCCCAAAAUAGUUUCCUUGGAUCAAUAAAAACACAGUUUGCAGCAAAGACCUUAGAACGAACAAUAUCCCAAUCAUAGUCUAUAUAGUCGUUUGAGAAGCGUGGUUCGUUGAUGAUGAAGAUUAGUGGUUUCUUUUACUCUCUUGAUCAGACUCUACAAUUAAUAUUUAUUUUUCUACUGCUAUUGGUGUUUGGAUUAAGAAUUGGUUUUUUCUUGACUAGUGUCUCUCUUCAGUCAUCAAAUCAUGUAAACUUUUCUAAGAUAAGCUGCUUAUGGUUGUUUUAAGAGUUGGUAGGAUAGAAUCGUGGUUUCUGAGGAAGUAUAAUAUUUUUAUUUACCAGUA